AUGAAGUCUUACCUGGUCACAACGUUGUUAUUUGGAGCGAGCCUGGUCAGUUGCCAAUCAUCCGACCUCGCUCUACGCUUCAUAACCUACAACAUCCGUUGGGCCACCCCAGACCCAGGAACCAACGAAGCACCUUGGUCCGCCCGCAGACCUCACCUCUUCUCUCAGCUCAACUACGAGACCGCAGCCCGGCCCGAAUCACUUGUCUGCAUGCAAGAAGUUGUCGAAGAACAACUCCUCGACAUCGCCCAAGACCUGGGCCAAGCCUGGUCCCACGUCGGCGUCGGCCGUGAUGACGGCGUCGCUGCCGGGGAGUUUUCGCCAAUCUACUAUCGGCCGGGCACUUGGACUCUCACGGAGAACCGGACGUACUGGUUGAGCGAAACACCUGAUGUCCCCGGGUCCAAGGGCUGGGACGCCGCGCUCCCGCGCAUCGUCACCGUCGCGUCGUUCCAGCAUGUAGAGAGUGGACUGCCGCUGGUGUAUAUGUGCACGCACUUUGACCACGUGGGUCAGGUUGCAAGGGAACAUAGUGCAGAGCUCUUGGUCAGCUUGGCGAAGGAGUGGGAGAACUCGACAGAGGGGGCUGUGCCGGUGUUUCUGGGCGGCGACUUGAACAUCGAGCCGGAUAAUGCGGCGUAUCAGAUUUUGAUCGCGGAUGAGAACUUGCACGAUGUUCGGGAUGUAGUUCCUGAGUCUAGGAGGGUGGGAUACUCGAAGACGUACACUGCGUUCACGGAUGACACGUCGGAUGAUACUUUUCUUGACCACUUGUUUGUGCGCGAUCCGACGGUCAGAGGGAUGGACUUCUUGACUCAUGCGGUUCUGCCGAAUCAUUUUGACGAUGGCGUGUAUAUAUCAGAUCAUCGACCUGUUGUCGCUGAUGCUAUGAUUGAUGUGUAG